GGCUCAAGCUCAUGGAUCUUAUCAGCCAAAACCCUUCCAUACAAUCGUAACCGAGCUUGCUUACUAAUCUCCACACAAUCCCGAUUUCCCACAUCAACAACCUCAUUAUCACGAAGUUCCGAUUCCUGUCAUCAAUUCCCGAUUAUCUCACCAAUUCUCGACUAAUCAAUCCGUCAAAAUGCCUCGCGAAAUCACCGACAUCAAAUCCUUCUUGGAGAUUUGCAGACGCAAGGAUGCUUCCUCUGCCCGCAUAAAGAAGAAUGUCGGAAAGACCAGCGCCAUCAAGAUCAAGGUCAGAUGCCAAAAGUACUUGUACACCCUUGUCCUUAAGGAUUUGGAGAAGGCCGAGAAGUUGAAGCAAAGUCUUCCACCUAACCUCACCAUCGCCGAUACCCCAAAGAAGAACCAAAAGGGAAAGAGAAUCGCAUAAAUGGCUGAAUAUUAGGGUUAGAUUAUGGGUUCAAGCAGUGGAUGAGACAAUACAAACAUUGAUUGCACAGUCAAGAUAUUUUGAGCAUGGUCGGCGUUUGCAAGAUCGUAAUGUGAUAUCCUACUUCCGUUCUGUGAAAAAAGACGAAGUGGGUUGCGAAAAUGAGAUAAGCUUUCGGAAUCCAAUUUUUGUGUUUGGUUGUCUAAGACAAAAUGUGUAUGGUUAAUGAUAUGUGAACUGGACACCUUUUUUUUGGUCUAGAUUGCCAUUACGAAUUGUCCUCAAGUAUCUGCGGACCACUUGAGUCAAGAUGGUAAUGGAAGUCUGCUUGUACAUCUUCCACCUUGGUUUCUUCCACUAUUAACAUUCAUAAUGGAAAUAUUUAGGGAGUA